CAGCGCCCUGGUUUCCGCGGACUGACACCCAUCAGACGCCGAGCCCCGCGCCCCAAGCUGUGCUCCUGUUGGAAUCGCUCGGCAUCGCCAACAGCUGCCCUUGUCCUGACAUCUUUUCCAAAGUUGCCGAGAGUUGCAGAGGGAACUGCCCUUCCGUCCUUUUAAAGCGCCUGUGGAUUUAGGGUUUUGUGACCCCCCCCCCCCCACGACCCGUGUUCGUCGCUCCCCAGCCGCCCCUGCCUGAUCAUGGUGGUGUUCAAGAAGAUCAAGUCUUUCGAGGUGGUCUUCACCGACCCCGAGAAGGUGUACUGCAGCGGGGAGAAGGUGGCCGGCCGGGUGACGGUGGAGGUGUGUGAGGUGACGCGGGUCAAGGCCGUGCGGGUGCUGGCCUGCGGGGUGGCCAAGGUGCUGUGGCUGCACGGGUCCCAGCAGUGCAAGCAGACCCGGGAGUACCUGCGCUACGAGGACACGCUGCUGCUGGAGGACCAGCCGACAGGUGAGAAUGAGAUGGUUAUCAUGAGGCCUGGAAACAAAUAUGAGUACAAGUUUGGCUUUGAGCUUCCUCAGGGGCCUCUGGGAACAUCCUUCAAAGGAAAAUACGGGCAUGUAGACUACUGGGUAAAGGCUUUCCUUGAUCGCCCCAGCCAGCCAACGCAAGAGACAAAGAAAAGCUUUGAAGUGGUGGACCUAGUGGAUAUCAAUACUCCUGAUCUGAUGGCUCCCGUGUCUGCUAAAAAGGAGAAGAAAGUGUCCUGCAUGUUCAUUCCUGAUGGGCGGGUGUCUGUCUCUGCCCGAAUCGACAGAAAAGGAUUCUGUGAAGGUGACGAGAUUUCCAUCCACGCCGACUUCGAAAACACAUGUUCCCGAAUCGUGGUUCCCAAAGCUGCCAUCGUGGCCCGCCACACUUACCUGGCCAACGGCCAGACCAAGGUGCUGACGCAGAAGCUGUCGUCUGUCAGGGGCAAUCAUAUCAUCUCGGGAACCUGCGCAUCAUGGCGUGGCAAGAGCCUCCGGGUGCAGAAGAUCAGGCCUUCCAUCUUGGGCUGCAACAUCCUCCGCGUUGAAUAUUUCCUGCUGAUCUACGUUAGCGUCCCUGGCUCCAAGAAAGUCAUUCUGGACCUGCCCCUGGUGAUUGGCAGCAGGUCGGGUCUGAGCAGCCGCACGUCCAGCAUGGCCAGCCAGACCAGCUCCGAGAUGAGUUGGGUAGAUCUCAACCUCCCUGAUACCCCAGAAGCUCCUCCUUGCUACAUGGAUAUCAUUCCUGAAGACCACCGGCUGGAGAGCCCCACCACUCCUCUGCUAGACGACACAGAUGGCUCUCAAGACAGCCCUAUUUUUAUGUAUGCGCCUGAGUUCAAGUUCAUCCCACCACCUACCUACACAGAGGUGGACCCCUGCAUCCUCAACAACAAUGUGCAGUGAGCAUGUGGGAGAGAAGAAGGAGCUGUAUCUACUUGUUUCUUUCCGCCUCUUCCUGGACUCUUCCUUUUUCAGAGACUCAACAGUCUCUUCAGUGGGGUUGGUCCACCCCAGCCUCUGACUCCCCAGCGUAGGAGGUGACCAGCAGGCAGUCUAGUCUCCUGGGCCUUAAAGGAUGCACACCCAUCCUCAGCCAGCCCAGAUGUGAUGUCGGGGUGUUUGCUAGAUGGGUUUAAAACCAUAGGCCCAUCCCAUUUUCUGAGAUCGCCUUGAAAUUUGAGGCAUAUUGAGUAGUUUUGAAUGGCCUCCUGGCAUGGUCUUCCCAAGAUUUUUUUGCAGGGGAAUAUAUACAUAGAUCGCUAUAAUGAUACGAGAUCAUGAACGUCUGUAUCAUGUGGAGCAGAGUCAAUGUAGCAAACUGGGAAAAUGGAAAGGGGGGGGAAAUCCUCUUCAAAACUUUGGGGAAAGGAGGUUCUUAAAAUCUCCUUUGUAAACUUACAGACAAAAAUAAGAA